AUGUUGUGGACAAAAUCCAGGAACAAUAUUGAACUCUGUGGGGAUUGUGGUGCUGUAGAUGCUACAUGGGCCUCCGUGAAUAAGGGGAUUCUAUUAUGCACCCAAUGCUGUAGUAUUCAUAGAAGUUUGGGAAGGCAUAUUUCCCAAGUCAAGUCCUUACUGAAAAGUACAUGGCACCCAAAUCAAUUGAAUAUGGUUUCUUGUCUCAAUAAUAAUGGUGCUAAUAACAUUUGGGAGCAUGCCCUCCUAGAAAAUGGGGGAAAGUUGAUGAAAAAAAAACCUAAUGCAAUGGAUUCUAUCAGUAUAAAAAAAGAAUUUAUCAAACUGAAACAUCAACAAUGUGCUUUUGCAUUCAGAGAAAUUUAUGAAGACACUUUACUGAGUGUUGAAAAUGAAUUAGGAAAACAGUUACAUGCCAGUGUUAGAACUCCGAACUUGGAAACAUCUUUCAGGUUGCUAGCUUCAGGAGCUGAUCCUAACUAUUUUCAUGAUGAAAAAGGUUCAACUCCAUUACAUGUUGCUGUAAAAUCUGAUCAGAGGAUCCAAGCUGAAUUAUUAUUAGUAUAUGGGGCAGAUCCAUCAUGCCCUGAUAAUCAUGGAAAAACCCCACUUGAUUAUGCCAAAUGCCUUCCUGAUAAGGAUCUACUGAAACGCUUGAUAGACAGCCAGUAUGAGGUUACGGAUACAUUCAUUCACUACUUGUCACUUCGUAAGCCAGAUCAUAGUAAUGGUAUUCAUUUUUUUAUUCCUCAAACAGGGCUCAAAUCCAAUUCCGCAUCUUUAACCAAAUUACGGAAGUUGAAUAAUCAUGUGUUUGAAGAACUGGUAAUGGAUGUUUAUGACGAGGUAGAUAGAAGGGAGACAGAAGCAAUUUGGCUAAGUUGUGCUGAUACAACUGGAUUCAAUGAUGUACCAUUUUUACCUCUGGACAAUACAUUAUCAACAACAAGAAACCAAGGAAGGCAAAAAUUAGCAAAAUUUUCUACCCCAGAACUGAAAAAUCUCGUAUAUGAUAUUUUAGUUGAAACACAGAGAAGGCAAACCGUAUCUGAUUCAGGUGGAACUUCACUAGUAAGAGAAACAUCUAUUGUCGAUGAUGAUCCCCUAUAUGAUUCAGUUGCUUCUGAUGAUGACUAUGCUAUGGUUCCCGAAGAAGAGAAAGUUGCUUCUUCUCCCCCUUCAAAUACCGAAAGAGUUGAAAAAUCACUAUCCUGCCAAAAUGAUAAGGACAGUAUCAUUUCCUUAGAUAAUGUCAGUAAAACAAAUCAAAUACUGGAACAACUAACUAAACAACUGAAGAAUUCAGAUAACACUAUAACUGAUUUGAAAGCAGAGGUUGUUAAACUGAGGCAGUGUGUAAAAGUCUUGCAGACUGAGAAUUCCGAACUGAAAAGUAGGCUGUCACAGAGCACAUCUUCGUCUAGGUUGAAUGGAGAUAGCGGCUUGGAUUCUUCGGAAUUCAUUUCAGAGAAUCAAGGCAUUGAUGUAAAUUUAUCGACUAAUGAUAUAAUAAUACAUAAUGUGGACUUGAAACAGAGUAGAAAAAAUCAGAGACCUUCCAGCAUGUAUGAAACUCGAGAAGGACUCAAUAAAGUACAAAAUUGGCAUGCUAUCAAAAACCAAGUGAAACAGAUGGAAGGUUCGAGAUCGACAACUCAAAGCCUCUAUUCAAUGCCACAAAAUAGAGAAACAAUUUUGCAAUGUACCGAACAAAUCACUAAGACUAUUCAACAGUUAUGUAGGAGCAUCAAGGAACCAGAAAAGGAAGAAUGCGCUUCCAGUGCCGAGAAAGUGAAAUUGUCUAUACUGAAGUUGGCUUCUUAUUUACCAAAAGAAACUGAAGAACGAAUGAAACUUAUGCUAGAACUAGUAUCGAGACUACAGCCUGAAUGUGUAUCUCUUCAAGCAUCACAACAAACUGGUGAUAUGAAAUCGUUUGAAGUGCAUUUUGGGAAUGUAAGAGAUAUAGCCUUCCAUCUUGCUAAAUUCACAAAAGAUAUCAUUACGAAUUAUUCGACGAAUCAGUAG